AUGAAGGCGCCUGUGCAACCUUUCCGCAUCGCCGUUCAGUCCUACGUAAGAGCUCUGCUCUCCGAUACCGCAGCCCAGCCGUUGAGGCGGACGAUAUGCACCAACUGCCUUGACACUCUGCGACGGCAAAGAAAAGAGUUGAGAAGUUCGUCUCGCCAGAUCCAUGUCGUGGCCAGCAAUGGAAGAAGUUCCAGGAGUCUUCGACAGACGGUCCGAGUGCCGAGAUCGGUCCAGCGGCACCAGCAGCAGAGACGAGAGCUUGCCAGUGUGACCGAUGUUUCCACGCGCGGACCUUUGGAGGAGUAUGACGAGAGAGUGCAAACGAGACGACUGCGGGAGGAUGAACACCAGAGAACUUUGAUUGAACACCUCCAAGACCUGCACGAGACUCUAAAAGAAUACAACCCUCCCAAGAUCGUCCACCCGGACGUCAACGAUCUCCAGCCGCCCAAGAAAUCUCUGUUUGGGUCUCUGUUCGGGGGUGGGAACAAGAAGAAGGCCAUAGGCGAAAUACCAGAGAACCUGCCCAAGGGACUGUACAUGUAUGGCGACGUUGGUUCUGGCAAGACCAUGCUGAUGGACCUCUUCUUCGACACAUUACCUCCCAACAUCACCUCCAAGACUCGAAUUCACUUCCACAACUUUAUGCAAGACGUCCACAAGCGAUUGCACAAGGUCCGCAUGCAAUAUGGCAACGAUUUUGACGCCGUGCCUUUUAUCGCGGCGGAUAUUGCCGAAACAGCCCAGGUCCUCUGCUUCGAUGAGUUUCAGGUUGUUGAUGUCGCGGACGCCAUGAUCCUCCGUCGAUUGAUCGAGGCUCUGAUGUCGCACGGCGUUGUAUUGGUCACGACGUCGAAUCGACACCCGGACGAUCUCUACAAGAAUGGGAUUCAGCGACAGUCGUUUGUCCCGUGCAUUAACCUCCUGAAGAAACAACUCAAGGUCAUAAAUCUCGAUUCCCAAACGGACUACCGCAAACUCCCAAGACCUCCCUCAGGAGUGUACCAUCAUCCGCUCGAUCGAGCGGCCGUCUCUCACGCAAACAAAUGGUUCCGUUUCCUGGGCGAUCCCGAGAACGAUCCGCCUCAUCCCACGACAAUCACCGUUUGGGGUCGCGAAGUCCAGAUCCCGCUCGCCUCAGGCCGUUGCGCCAUGUUUACUUUCCACGACCUGAUCGGUCGCGCUACAGGUGCCGCGGACUACAUUGAAAUGAUGCGCAGUUUUGAUGCGUUCAUCGUCACCGACGUGCCCGGCAUGACUCAUAGAGAACGCGACUGGGCUAGGCGGUUCAUCACUUUCAUCGAUGCCGUGUACGAAUCGCAUGCAAAGCUGGUUCUCACAACCGCAGUGCCUCUCUCUCAGCUUUUUGUGUCCAAGAGUGAGCUAGAUGAGUCGCUGAAUAAAGUCACCCACAAAGUUCAGAAUGACAAAUCUGGUGCGUCCAAAGAAGAGCAUGCUGUCGUCGAAGAGGUCAAGAAAUCCUCCGAAGGAAGAGGGGCACGCGAGGAGGAAGGGGCGGAUGUCGACGACGUGAUGCGCAACCUCAUGGAUGACCUGGGAAUGAAUAUGAGCAUGUUGAAGCAAAGCUCCCUCUUCAGCGGUGAUGAAGAGCGGUUCGCGUUUGCCAGGGCGCUCAGCCGUCUGAGCGAAAUGGGAAGUCAGGAGUGGGUGGAGCGUGGGCUAGGGCUUGAGAAGAGAGGCGGAUUGGAGGAGAAGGAGGGCUGGCAAAGGGUCCGGAGCAGAUGGAGAGAGGACAGCCUCUGA